CUUUCCUUAAUAAAGGAAGUUAAAAUUGAUGAAGGCAAUGAUAUGACAUGACAUGACAGUAAUAUAAGAAUAAAAAAAAAUCAAAGCUUUAGCCCUGAUUGAGGGAUAGCUAUAGAUGCAGUUUGUUGUAUGUAUAUGUGGUGGUGAUGAUGAAGAAGAAGUUGAUGGAGAGAUGGAGUGUGGUUUGGUUGAUCUUGUUGGUGGUGCAUAUUUCUGCUAAUAUGGAAAGUGAUGCCUUGCAAAGCCUUAAGACAAGCUUACAAGAUCCGAAAAACGAGCUCAUAACCUGGGACCCGACCCAUGCCGACCCGUGCAGUUGGUUCCACGUCACCUGCAACGCCAACCGCAUCGUGGAUAGACUUGAUCUAGGAAACUCGGGUUUGUCUGGCCAGUUAGUCCCAGAGCUCGGCCAAUUGAAGAAUUUGAAGUACCUGGCGUUGUACAACAACAAGAUCAGCGGGGCAGUUCCUGAUGAACUCGGAGACCUAACUAAUUUGGAGAGCCUGGACCUGUACAUGAACACUUUUACCGGUCCCAUUCCUGAAACGUUGGGGCAGCUUUCCAAGCUGCGUAUCCUCCGGCUAAACAAAAACAGCUUCACGGGUCCCAUCCCUACGUCAUUAACCAACCUCUCGGCUCUACAAGUGUUGGAUUUUUCGAACAACCAGCUUUCAGGUGUGGUUCCGGAUAAUGGCUCGUUUUCGUUGUUCACGCCUAUUAGUUUCGAAAAUAACUCGAAGCUGUGUGGCCCUGUCAUUGGAAAGCCAUGCCCGGGAUCGCCUCCGUUUUCUCCGCCCCCUCCGAUUAUUCCGCCAUCCCGAGGAGGAGAUAGUAUGACGGGAGCCAUUGCUGGCGGAGUUGCGGCUGGUGCUGCUCUGCUAUUAGCUGCACCGGCAGUCGCCAUUGCAUGGUGGUGUCGGAGCAGAAAACCACAAGAAUAUUACUUCGAUGUACCAGCGGAUGAGGAUCCCGAAGUACAUCUCGGUCAGCUCAAGAGAUUCUCUCUCCGAGAGCUGCAAGUUGCAACGGACAAUUUCAGCAAGGAACAUAUUUUGGGGACAGGCGGCUUCGCAAAGGUGUAUAAAGGACGUCUUGUCGAUGGCUCACUCGUUGCUGUUAAAAAACUCAAGGAUGGGAGGACUCCCAGCGGAGAGCUUCAGUUUCAGUCGGAGGUCGAGAUGAUAAGUUUGGCCGUGCACCGAAAUCUUCUUAGACUUUAUGGCUUUUGUAUGAGUCCGACGGAACGAUUGCUCGUUUAUCCGUAUAUGGAUAAUGGGAGCGUUGCAUCAUGUUUACGAACAGAACGUCAACCUAAUGAGCCGCCGAGGCCGCCGCUCGAUUGGCAGACUAGGAAGAACAUUGCUCUCGGUUCUGCCCGAGGCCUGUCGUAUUUGCAUGAAAACUGCGACCCGAAGAUCAUUCAUCGCGACGUCAAGGCUGCGAACAUCUUGCUAGACAAGGAUUUUGAGGCUGUUGUGGGAGAUUUUGGUAUGGCUAAACUUAUGAAUUAUAAGGAUACCCAUGUGACAACUACUGUUUGUGGCACCCUGGGACAUAUCGCUCCAGAGUACAUAUCCACUGGAAAAUCAUCUGAGAAAACCGAUGUUUACGGAUACGGAAUUAUGCUUCUUGAGCUGAUAACCGGGCAGAAGGCUUUCGAUCUGGCUCGCUUUGCCAAGGACGAUGAUGUUUUGUUGCUAGAUUGGGUCAAGGGACUUCUAAAAGAGAAGAAGUUCAAAAAGAUGGUCGAUCCCAAUAUGCAGAGCAAUUACAUUGAAUCAGAAGUCGAGCUGCUGAUCAAGGUCUCUGUCCUAUGCACGCAAAAAUCAUCGGUGGACCGGCCUAAGAUGUCUGAAGUGGUAAGAAUACUAGAAGGCGACGGGCUGGGCGAUAAAUGGGAUGAAUGGCUGAAGGCCGAGGCUCACAGGCAAGAGCUCGAAGAUGCUUCUCGCCAGAAUUACGAUUGGGCCAUCCACUCAACAACAAAUUUAGACGCGGUCGAGCUGUCCGGUCCAAGGUGACCUACAUGUGUUAUCAAAUAAUUGUACCGAAAUUUAUACUAGAAAAAGAGGAAGUGAUCUUUCGUACAUGUGUUACAAAUAAAAUUUAGAAUCUUUAUCACUAGCUAGAGACUUGUAAUUUUUUUAAAUCCAUUUUUUUUACGAAAAAAAGGUGUGAAUAAACAUGAAGUUGUUUCUCUA